AAGCCUAGACGAGACGAAUAUUAUUUGUCCUUUCUGUUUCUUUUUCAUUUUUUAAAACGUUAACUGGAGGUAAUAUCGCAGAGAAAGGGUGGAUCUGAGUUGAAGGUUAACAACACCUUGUUCUGAAUGGAUUCAUGAUACGCCUCCAGUAUGUCACAGGCAGAUGUUACUUACAGCUGUGGCUCUUGCGGAUAUCCUUUAAAUCUGUGCUCAUCAAACCGUAUCACUUCUAACAUCGGUUCAGAGUAUCGCAAGGCCAUCAAGAAAGGCAUCAUUUCAUUCCUGUCCAUUGAUUUGAGCAGGUUCACUCAGGUUGAUGAAGUUAAAUGUGCUCUCUAUUCUUGUGGUUUUUGUCGAAUGAGGACCAAACUUCUCUGUAGAAAAUGUGGAACAUUUAUUGGCUAUGGCUAUGAAGAUCGUGCAUCUCCAUGUGGUUUUGAUAGUUCUGAUUCAAGCUCAAGCAGUGGAACUCCUGGUCGGAAAAAAUUCAAUAUCAAGAUUCGGGCACUACAACCUUCAGAUGAAACUGAUGUGCCUCAAUUGGCUCGAGAGGCCUAAGAGCUUAAGUCUUUACAUAUGAAAAAGGGGCACCCAAUAUUAAUCCACUGGGGGAUACAUUUAACCUGUUCUGAUUUUCAGAUUUACCGUUUUCUAAUUUGGCGCCAUUAGUCAUUUAAGCUUUUGCUUAUUCAUGGUGUUCAAAAGGACAGUUUUUGUAAAGACAUUUUCAUUGGAAGUGGAUAUUAGUUUGAGAAGAUGUUUCUUUUA